AUGACUAUUGAUGAAAUGAUGGAGUUAUGUCGCGGUUAUGUAGAUGUUGAAAUUCCGAGUGAACACGAGGUGAUAACAGUUACACAGGAUGAGGCGGAGAUGCUAGAAACGGCCAGAUUGCAAGAUUUGGAACAACCCGAAAUUCUAGUUGCACGCAACUUAGCAACGGAGUUUCCACAACACGAGAGAAAAGUUCAUGCUAUUCUCAUGGGAUCAUUUCGCGGAGGCUCGUCGUUCGUGGCAGAACUAUUCAAUUCCAACUCAGAUUUUUUUUACUCUUACGAGCCUGGGCGGACACUGGUGACGUGCAUGCGUAAGUUCGAUGAACCCUUCUCUUUAUAUCGCCCCAGACACAUCCAAAUGAUUGAAAACAUUUUCAGGUGCAACUUUACAUAUGAUGUGAUGGAGUGUUAUGCCAGUGAUUUAGAAACAAGUAACUGGCGGAAAAGAACCAGAGAAAUUCCUCUCUUGACGACCAAGAAUUUGUGUUCCGAGGAGUGGAAAAAUAAAUAUGGUUCAUACGUAAACGGGUGUGCUAUUAUAAAUACCGACAUGUUGACGGACUUGUGCCAGCAAAGAAAACAUGUUAUCAUUAAAUCUAUUCGUCUGUACGAUUUGAACGAUGUGAUGGCGCUGAUGCGGGACCCAACACUUAAUGUGCACGUGAUUCAUUUGAUUCGGGAUCCCCGCGGAAAAGCGCCCUCGUGGAUGGACCGGAGAGUGGUACAGAAAGAACAUUACGACACUGAUGAUCUCACAGACGAAUUUGUCGGCAACAUGUCUAAAUAUUGUGAGGUCGCUCUUGAGAAUCUAAUAGUUGGAUUGUCGAUGACAGAUGUGUUCCGGGAUCGUUACAAAGCAGUCCGGUACGAGGACGUUGCACUAUCCCCGCACGAAAUGGCAUCUGAUAUCUACGACUUCCUAAAUCUACCCAUGCCUGAUAACGUCACCAAAUGGAUUGACAGAAACACAAAGAGCUAUGCAGGGGGGCCUUUCGAUACAUCAAGAGAUUCGGCCAAAGCUGCGUUGUCAUGGAAACAAACGCUAUCACCCGACGCGAUUCAAAGAAUAGAAGAAAUACCACCAUGUCGAGAAUUUAUGGCAAUCGCUGGGUAUCGCCCGGUAUUUGAAUUGGAAGAACUGUUAGAUGAAAAUAACACAUUUCUAGAUUAUUUUCCACCGGGUUACAUACCAAAUCUAGGAUUUAAGCAGGAGUCAUACAAACACAUAUACUGGACUCCCUAG